AUUUCGACUUCAAACAUUCACACGACUGGGACAAAAAAGAGCGGCUGUUACGAAUUGCCCUUUUCUCGGACAAAGGCCAGACGAGAAGCGACUCGUCAAGGGGCUGGCAAUCCGCUCAUCACCGCACACCGGCUCUGGCUUGGGGCCUCAGUCCUUGACUCUUUGCACACACGCACACACGCUCACAGCUCAGGGAGGGCACAGGCACAGGAACCAAGCGUACCGGACGGAAUUGAGUCUACCAAACUGCGGGCUUCCUCUUCUCCUUCUUCCUCUUCUUCUCCUCCCUCCUCUUCCUUCCGCUCACGCGCAGGCAACAUCAUCAUCAUGACGCUCGGCCCGUUUGAGCUGCCCGCCGCGGCCGACUUCCACGUGCACCUCCGCGACGGGCCCAUGUCUGCGGCCGUGGUGCCCACGAUCCGCCGCGGCGGCGUCAACACGGCCUACGUGAUGCCCAACCUGGUGCCCCCCGUGACGACGGUGGCGCAGGCGCUCGCCUACCGGGCGCGGCUCGAGGCCAUCGACCCGUCGGUCAACUACCUCAUGACGCUGUACCUGCACGAGUCGACGACGCCCGAGACGGUGCGCGAGGCGGCGCGGGCGGGCGUGUCGGGCGUCAAGAGCUACCCGGCCGGCGUCACCACCAACUCGUCGUCGGGCGUGGUGUCGUACGAGCCCUUUUACCCCGUCUUCGCCGCCAUGGAGGAGUGCGGCCUCGUGCUCAACCUGCACGGCGAGCUGCCCAGCGACGCCGGGCGCGGCGUCACCAUCCUCAACGCCGAGAGCAGGUUCCUGCCCACGCUCAAGGGCCUGCACGCCAGGUUCCCCCGCCUGCGCAUCGUCCUCGAGCACUGCUCCACCAGGGACGCCGUCGAGGCCGUCCAGGCGUGCGGCGAUACGGUCGUUGGGACCUUGACGUGCCAUCACCUGUUUCUGACGGUCGACGACUGGGCCGGCGAAGUGUUUUCGUUUUGCAAGCCGGUUGCCAAGACCCCCGAGGACCGCACCGCUCUCCUGCAGGCCCUCGUAGGCAGCAAGGGCAAGUUCUUCCUCGGGACCGACAGCGCGCCCCACGACAUCAGCGCCAAGAAGGGCGCCGGCAAGACGGCCGCGGGCGUCUUCACGCAGCCGUACGCCUGCCAGCUCGUGCUGACGGCGCUCGAGGAGGCCAUUGCGCGCGGCGAGGUGCGCGAGGAGCAGGUCACGCAGGAGCUGCUGCAGGGCUUCUUCGGCGGCUUCGGGCGGGCCUUUUACGGCGUCGAGGACAGGUCCGGGGAGCGGAUCCGCCUGUCCAAGGCCGACGAGGCGGUGUGCGGCAACAUCAAGGGCGAGGGCGUCGAGGUGGUCCCGUUCCGGAGCGGCCAGCAGACUUGGACCGUGGAGUGGAUCUGAUGAACGAACUUGACCUCUGGCGGGGGGGGGG